CUCAACGAAGACUCCGUUCUGCUUCUCGUUUUAGAGAGAGAAACUCAACCCUUCAAAUUUCAAUCAACUUCAACAACACAAUUCAAAAUUCAAGGAGGUUUGGGACUUAAGAAAUUCAUAACAUUGCUGAAAACUUCAUUCAGAAAACCCUAAUCACGUAUGUAAUGCAUCACAAGAAAUCGGAGGUUCAGAUCGGAAAAGAUAGCAGCGGUGUCUCUUCCGAUUUCAAUCCGACCCCAACGAUUCAGAAUCAAUCUCCUCAUAAACUCUCCAUUUUCGAAUUGAAUCAACAUUCUUCUGGUUCUUCACUCUGUUCUUCGUCUUCUUUGUUAUCGACACAGUCGCCUGAUAAUGAUGUUACCACGACAACCACAAGUACCAGCCCUAAUCAUGAACAUCACAUCUUGAUCGACGACGGUGAUUUUGAUUAUGAUUCACUUGCCGGGCCGACUCCUAGAUCAACACCUCACAAACGGUCUGUUUUCUCCCAAACCACACCAACUUCGUUUUCAAAUUCCCUAGCGAAAUCACCUAACUACUCCUUUUCGUCUAAAAACCGGCGGUUUUACAACACAAAAUCCACCGCCAUCCACCUCCUCAACCGUCUCCGUCACCUCCGACGCCUCCGUACUCACCUCCGUUUAAUCCUCUUACUAUCUCUCCCGUUUUUCUACUUCUUGGUAUCUCACCCUAGUCAUUCCUUCUUCCUCGAUUUCCUAUCGGCAUUCGCUUUCUCAGCUGCGUUAUUAUUCUCCCUCAAUCUCGCCCUCCCUCGCCUCCCUUCAAUCCGAUUGUUUCUUGCCAGAUCUUUCCCAAUCAAACUCACAUUAUCAGACAAGGUCUCCAAAUCACCAUUGCCGGUGUUCUGGUCAAUCGGUUCCAAUUCCAAAACAAAAGGCGAUCAUAUUCAUAAAUGGAAUUCAGGUUGUUGGGUGCAGGCAUACAACAAUGGUGAUGUAUACGAGGGUGAGUUUCACAAAGGCAAGUGCUCUGGUUGUGGCGUUUACUACUAUUACAUGAGUGGGAGAUACGAAGGCGAUUGGGUUGAUGGAAAGUACGAUGGUUAUGGUGUAGAGACAUGGGCAAGGGGAAGCCGAUAUAGGGGUCAGUACAGGCAAGGAUUGAGACAUGGAUUUGGUGUGUAUAGAUUCUACACCGGAGAUGUUUAUUCUGGUGAAUGGUCAAACGGUCAAAGUCAUGGAUGUGGAAUCCAUACUUGUGAAGAUGGUAGUAGAUAUGUCGGAGAAUUCAAAUGGGGUGUUAAACAUGGUCUUGGCCACUACCAUUUCAGGAAUGGGGAUACUUACGCUGGAGAAUACUUUGCAGAUUCUCUGCAUGGAUUUGGAGUAUACAAUUUUGCAAACGGGCAUAGAUAUGAAGGAUCAUGGCAUGAAGGAAGAAGACAAGGGCUUGGUAUGUACACUUUCAGAAAUGGUGAAACCCAAUCUGGGCAUUGGCAAAAUGGGAUUCUUAAUAUCCCAAGUUCACAUACCCCAACACAAUCGCAUCCAUCAUCACCUUCAAAUGUUGCAGUCUAUCAUUCUAGAGUUCUUAAUGCAGUCCAGGAAGCAAGAAGAUCAGCAGAGAAAGCAUAUGAUUUAGGAAAAGUGGAUGAAAGAGUUAAUAGGGUGGUGGCUACUGCUAAUAGGUCAGCUAAUGCCGCUAGAGUGGCGGCAGUGAAGGCGGUACAGAAAAACCUGCCUAACCAGAGUGAUGGUGAUGAUCAUCCUAAGAUUUAUCAUCUGCCAAACUAACUGUUUUUUGAGACCAAUUUUGUUCAUGGAUAUAUUGAGAUUUUUGACUUUUUUCUUUUUUUGUUUAGUUUUGUAGAUCAGUUUAGCUUUUAGGGAAAAUGUUUGAAGC